GGCGGAAGUAGGCAUUAGGUGGCAGUGCAGAGCCGCUAAAAUAAAGCUGAAUUCAGCAGCAGCAGCAGAAGAAGAAGCGCGACAUGGGAGAGACGCAGUCACCCUGGCGUCCACCACGGCUGUGUGACGUCUACUGGACCGAAUUCAGACACUGUAAGAGUUUACGCAACCGUUUCCAUCACUACUACACGUACGGGACGUCGCCCGCCUGCCUGCAGUGGAAAGACGACUAUGAGGCGUGUCGAGAGUGGGAGCGGAGCCGCAGUCCACACGCUAAGGAGAGUCUUCAGAAAAGUGAGAGAAAUCGAGUGUCUGAACAGAAGAACUUCCCUCCGUUUUGGGAGAUGAGACAAAAACCACCAUCUGACUGGCAUUUGCCUCUUAAUGAGGACAAAAAUUAAAGAUUCUUGAAGGCACAAGAAACAACAUUAAGCUCUUUUUUUUAUUAUUUAUUUAUUCAGCUUAUUCAGUCUGCCACCGUUUCUCUGCGUAGCAUCUAACAUCCAAGACCUGUUCUGUGGCCUCUUCAUGGUGUUUCAGUGAACUUUUUCAAAAUCAGUGCACAUUAAUUCUGUAUAAAUCCAAUCUCACAGAUGCUUCAAGUAGUUUCAGAAGUAACUGAGCCUCGUUGAUGUGUGACUUUUGGUUCAUGACUUGAAAUAAAGACCUUAUUGAAAAUAGA